AUGAUGGACUUGCAGAACCUGGUGCUGCUCCAGGUCGGAAAUGGCUUGAUCCAGAAGAUGCCAGAGAACAUGACACGCCAGCUUCGCGAUGCGGGCGGUGUGGAGGUGGAAGUUGAGUCUCGCCGGCCGGAGGACGAGGCGGAGCUUUUCUUUACAGCCAUGAAGCAGAUGGAGGAGGUUGUUCCCAACUCUCCGUCGGCCUCCGCAUCUCCGAAGAUAGCAAACUCCUAG